AUGAUGUUUGAUGGUGCCUCUAAUGAGCUAGAUAAUGGCAUAGGGGCUAUUUUGAUAUCACCCAAAGGGGAUCUAUGCCCUCUUAUCACCAGGUUAUGCUUUGACUACACAUAUAAUAUGGCCGAGUAUGAAGCAUGCUCGAUGCGCGUCCAAGCUGCUAUUGAUAUGAAGGUUAAGAAACUUAAAGUUUUUGGGGAUUCUAUGCUAGUAAUUCAUCAACUAAGAGAAGAAUGGGAAAUAAGAGACACUAAGUUGUUGCCUUACAAACAACUCAUAACAGAAUUGUCACAAGAGUUUGAUGAAAUCUCAUUUGAUUAUAUGCCAAGAGAAAAUAAUCAAGUAGCAUAUGCAUUGGCCACAUUAUCAGUGAUGUUCACUUUAGAACUCAAUGAGGAAUUUCGUAUGAUUAAAUUUGGGAGGAGAUAUAUCCCAGCUUCUUGUAUGAGCAUUGAGAAAGAACUCGACAGUAACCCUUGGUUUCAUGACAUCAUGGGUCCCAACUUGGUUUCAUGA